AUGGGCGUCAAGUAUUUUUACUCGCUGUCCGCGGUCGCUUGUUUUACGGUGGUGUGCGUCAGAUGCGAUUUGUCGUCGUCGUCGGUCGAAGAGGAAACGGCGGCCGCGUCUUACGAAGAAACGAAAAGGUCGCUAUACGACGAUGACAGUGCUCUGGAGGCGACGCACGUGGACGGUGGCUCCACCGACCGGCAGCUGAAGCGGUUCAUCGUGCCAGUCAGCACUUCGGACCUGGGACUCGAGACUUCCAGCUCCAGACCAUACUUCGUGCACCAACACAUGCAGCACUACAAACACCCCCGAAACCAGCAGCAGCAGCAGCAGCAGCACCACCACCAACACCACCAACACCCGCAGCACCAACAGCAGCUGCAACAUAAUCAGCAACAACAACUGCCACAGCAGCAGCAGCAGCAAUCUCCACAGUCGCAGCAUCAGCACCAUUCGCAUCAGUACCACCACCAAGGUCGAGGACAAGCGGCUGUCGAUCAUUUCGGGUUCGGGCCUUCGUCUCCGGGCAGCACUGGCGGGGGUGGAGGCGGUGGUUAUACAGAUCAGUCAGACAACUUCUACCAGUCAUUGGGUGGUGGUGGUGGAGGUGGAGGUGGUGGUGAGAACAUUAACUUCGACACGACCGGUUUCACAGACUUCGUGCCAUCUGUCGAGUUCCGGUCGACCGGUGCACCGGCCAUGCCGUCAUCUUCAUCACCAUUCUCCGCUUCACCGCAACACCAAUCGUCGUCGCCGUUUACCGGGCCUGCGGCGCAACUCCAUCACUCGUCACUAUUCGACGGCGGUUCGAGUGGCGGUCACCUGCAGCACAUGACCCCGUCAUUCGAUCCUACUGGUUUCGGCCAGGACUCCCCUUUGGCCGGUUAUGGUGGAGGAGGCGGUGGCGGUAGUGGUGGUGGUGGACACGGUGGUGGUGGUGGUGGAGGCCACGGGGGUGGUGGAAGUGGAGCUUCGGGUUACGGUUCGGGUGGUUACGAUUAUGCGCCCCACAACCUGGCUCCAGUCAUACACAAGUCGAUAUACGUACACGUGGCACCACCCGACGACGAUCCGCCACGCAAGCAGCGCGUCAUCCUGCCGAACGUGCCACCAAAGAAAAACUAUCAGAUAGUGUUCAUCAAGUCACCCACCGCGCCAUCACCUACCGCACCCAUCAUACCGCCGCCGCCGCCACAGCCCGCUGACAAGACGCUCAUCUACGUGCUGCACCCCAAGCAGGAAGAGGCACCGCCCAUACACAUACCGCCGCCGCCGGUCACGCAACCGCUCAAGCCCGAAGUAUACUUCAUCAAGUACAAGAAUCGCGAAGAGUCGCAUGGUGGUGGAGGUGGCGAUUACGGAGCUGGUCACGGAGGUGGUGGGGUUGGUGGCGUUCUGCCGUCGCCCGGUGAAGAGUUUGGUGGCGGCGGUGGCGGUGGAGGUGACUCUGGUUACGUUCACCGGAGGUACGGACGUGGAGACCAGCAGACAUCGACUCCGCCAUCGACCGCCGCGGCCUCCACCUCCGAUGUCGCCGUCUCCACCACCGCCGAAGCAGCCUCCACCGAACACUACGACGACGGCGAUGGUAUGGCCCCAGAACAACGGGAACUAGUCGAGUCUGAGGUGACUUCCGCGGCCGCCACCGCCGCGGCCUCCAUCUCCGCCUCAGCAGACUCAGACCCAGAGACGUCCGACGAGAACGCCGACGAACUGAUGCUCCGGGGCAGCUAUAGUACAGAGUACAACGACGCGUCCGUCGACAGCACAAACCUAAGCGAGACCCACGUCCAGCUGUCCACCACCGCACCCAAAGGCAAAAACGGCCAUUGA